CAUUUCUUGUAUGAUAUUAUGCCUACGUAAUUUCCUUUUUAUUUCUGAAGUCAUUCCAAUUACAAUUAGGGGGUCAAUGGUUACUUAGAAAAAAACCCGACUAAACCUAACCUGCCCUUCUUCUUCUUCUUCAAUUUUCUGAAAUUCUGAAAAGGAAGACCUAAAAAUUUAGAUAAGACAGAUAUGGGAGAGCGAUUGGGAGAUCGGAGAAAGAAGAAAACUAUGGAAACUUAGCAAUUUUCUGUACUUCGUGGGAUAGAGAUAGAUACAGAGAGCACGGAUAGGAGAGAGACACAGGGCUCACGUGCUCGCCGGAGUUUGACGACGGCACUACUGUUGCUCUACGACGGUUUAUCCAUUAAAUCCGGUGAACUCUCUACCUGGAAAUCGAAAGACUAACCUCAAAUCCACCAUCUCUCUCAAUCUCCAAAAUAUCCCCUCCUGUGCCUCACAGACCGUCGUUUGUCAUUGAUUAAUCUGUUUCAUUGACAAAAAAAAACAGUUGAAUUAUUCUAGAUCCGCGAGAUUUUUCAGUCAGAACAAGUGCGGUUUCGUUAAGAAAAAAUAAUUCAGAAUCUUGUCGAGUUCAUUGGGAACAUUAAGGCUCCAUUGGAGGUCUCUGUUUACGGCUCAAAAAUUUAUUUUGCGAGUAAAGAAGACAAUUGUUGGACGGUUGAAGGCAGAGGGCUGAGGGAGUAGAGAGAGAGAGAGAGGGAGAUGGAAAAUGGAGGGGAUAGUUUGGUGCCUAAACUUGCGGGAUGGAAUUUGAAUGAUUCAAAUAAUCCCAAGAACAAUGAUGGGUUGUUUCAGGUUCUGAAAGCAGUCGAAGCCGCUGAAGCCACCAUUAAGCAACAGGUUGAUGAGAAUAAUCGAUUAAGAACAGAACUUCAAAAGAAGAUUCUAGAAGUUGAAAAAUAUAGAUCAGGAGAGCUGAAAGGUCAAACUCCUCAUUCAGUUGGUCAAUUGGAUCAUCUAAAUGAGGCUGAUGGAGCACAUCCAUCAACCUUGGGUUUUGAAAGUCAACUUCCUGAACUUAGAAACAUGGAUAGUAUAGGACGUAAUUUGUCUAGUAAUCUGUUGCUUGCAAAAGAUCCCAGGCAAAAUGAUUUAGACUUGACUCUGCCUAAUCAGGGAGAGAGCCAAACCGAAUAUAGCAAAGUGAAUGGCACAUCGAGAGCAAUACCUGGUGGCCUGACAACAACUGAUAAUUCUGGUGUUUCACAUUUCUCAUCACCUUCGGCAUCAUUUUCACCCAACAGGUAUCAAAUAGAAGGAGAAUAUGACAGACAGCUCAAUUUAUCUGGACAAGGUUUGAUGCCAGUGGCCGAAGUUAACAGCAGUGUGAAGAAGGAUCUUGUUUUGAAGAUCCAGGAGCAUGAACAGGAGGUUGUACAAAUGAGGAAAUAUCUCUCUGAAUAUUCUAUCAAGGAAGCACAAAUUCGCAAUGAGAAAUAUGUUCUGGAAAAGCGAAUUGCUUACAUGCGCAUGGCAUUUGAUCAGCAGCAACAAGAUCUUGUUGAUGCUGCCUCUAAAGCGAUAUCAUACAGACAAGACAUAAUUGAGGAAAAUAUACGCCUUACAUAUGCACUGCAGGCUGCACAGCAAGAAAGAUCAACAUUUGUAUCAUCUUUGCUGCCACUUCUUGCAGAGUACUCACUUCAGACACCUGUAGCUGAUGCACAGUCAAUUGUCAGCAAUGUCAAGGUUUUGUUUAGACAUUUACAAGAGAAGCUUUUUGUUACUGAGGCCAAGUUGAAGGAGUCUCAGUACCAAAUGGCACCUUGGCGGUCAGAUAUGAACCUGUCAAAUUUUGCUCAUUCACCUCCUCAGUCUGCUGGGAUUAAAGAAGGUCUUGAACUCGUACCUCAACAAGCCUAUUCCAGUGAAAAGGCUCCUCUUUCGUCAGAUCCUCGGACUACAACAGACUGGGAUCCCUUGAGCAAUCCUCAGAGUGGUCUACACCGUGAUGCAGAAAGAAAUCCAGAGACUGAUGACUUGGGGAGGUAUUCACCUCUUACAAGCAGGAACACUACAGUGCAAGUUAUACCAGCACAACUUGCAGUAAGCCAGGGUUAUACGCAUUCCAAGCCUAAAAGUGAAGAAACAUCUAGUAAGCAAGUUACUUUUAGUGAUCUCAUCAGCAGCAAUGAGAUGGAUGAUUCUGACAUGGAAAGACAUCAAAAUGAUAGAGAGCCUUCAGUUAAUUGGGCUAAUAAAAGCUCUGCAUACACAUCACAGCUAGAUGAGCCAGGCUCAUCAUACUCUCCAUACCUUCCACCAGUUCUUGAGGAGCCUUCAUCAUCCUAUUCAGAAGUAGCAGAUGAAGAGGCACUACCUGCAAUAGAGGGUCUCCAAAUUUCUGGUGAUGCUUAUCCUGGACAGGGACUCCAAGCUUGUGGCUACUCUAUUAAUGGAACAACCAGUUGCAAUUUUGAGUGGGUUCGCCAUUUGGAAGAUGGAUCUUUUAACUAUAUAGAGGGGGCAAAGCAACCAACUUACCUUGUGACUGCUGACGAUGUUGAUACUUACCUUGCUAUUGAAGUUCAGCCAUUGGACAACCGAAAACGGAAGGGUGAACUCGUGAAGGUCUUUGCAAAUGAGCAUAGGAAGAUAACUUGUGAUCCUGUAAUGCAUAGUUGCAUUGAGAAAACCCUUUAUAGUGGUCAUGCUUCAUAUAAAGUUUCAUUGUCGACACGAUAUCUUGAUAUAUGGGAGUCUGCUACCUUGGCUAUCAAGAGGGAUGGUUAUAGCAUCAAGGUUAAUGGGCCUGGUGGUGUUCUCGUCAGUGAGAAGUUUUCUCAAUCUACAAUUGUUACUAUUCCAUAUGGAAGUCCUACAGAAUUUUCGAUCCUUGAUAGUCGGGGAGUUGAGCAUCUUUUGAAGGCUGAGAAUGAUCAAGGAGACAUUAACUGUUCAAGGGAUACAAUUGUCCUCACCAUGAGACUAUUUAUUAUAAGGGCUGGUGAGAAGAAAAAAGGAAGGAGGAGAGGUUUGUUUUUCAACAAGUGAAAAGCUAGUCAGCCUUCCAAAACAUAUUUAUUAGUACACUUGUGUAUUCUUCUGUGAGUAGUUGAGCUUUUAGAUCUGUAUUUCUUUUGCUUUUUUUUUUGGUUACCAGUUCUGUUACAUAUUGUUAGUUCGCUCAGGUUAUCAUUGGCCUCAAUUUCUCUUUUUAGUAAAUUUUCUUUGAUAUCAAAAUGCAGUAUAGCCUUUCUGUCUA